AUGACUUUUGCAACUAAGCAGUGGGUUUUCUUGCCCGUCGUAGGAGUGGUUAUCCUCUUCUUGCAACCAUUUGCUCUGGGCAAUCCUCAGGUCCCUUGUUACUUCAUUUUCGGCGACUCCCAAGAUGACAAUGGCAACAACAAUUACCUGAACACUACUGCCAAGGCAAAUUAUCCACCUUACGGCAUUGAUUUGCCGGAAGGUCCAACUGGUCGCUUCACCAAUGGGCGAAACCAAGCGGACUUCAUAGCUGAGCUCCUUGGAUUUGAGGGCUACAUGCCUCCAUUUGCAAAUAUAAAAGGCCAGGACAUCACUAAAGGUGUUAACUAUGCAUCAGCAGCAUCCGGAAUUCUUGACCAGACAGGUCGCCAGCUGGGCGAUAUCGUCAGCCUCAACCAACAAUUGCAAAAUCAUAGAAGAGUAACUUCGCAGCUUGUGAGAUUAAUUGGGAACGAAGCUGCAACAAAAGAAUACCUAGCCAAAUGUUUGUAUACUUUUGCAAUUGGAAGUAACGAUUACAUCGACAGCUACUUACUCCCAGAAUAUUAUCCUACAUGCCGCCUACGUACUCCAAGACAAUUUGCUAGAAUGUUGAUUAUAGAAUAUUCUCAGCAACUACGGAAAUUGUACAGAUUGGGGGCAAGAAAAAUAGCUAUCUUUGGGCUAGGUUUCCUUGGUUGUGUGCCUGGUUUGUUAUCUAUAGAUGGUACAUGUGUGGAUUCUUUAAAUAGUGAAGUUCAGUUAUUCAAUGAGGAGCUCAAGCCACUGGUCGAUGAACUGAAUACCGAGUUAAGCAGUGCACAUUUUAUCUAUGUAAAUGUGACAGCAAUCACUUUGAAUACUAUGCCUGCAGAAGAAUUUAGCCAUAUAUUUUAUGUUAUUGGAGUGAUCUUUUAA